AUGCAGCUCGAUGCAUUGAAUAUGCAGAACGAUGAGGAGCUCGAGUUCAGUGAGGAUGAGAUUGACGUGCGGAUAUUGGUAUUGGGGGAUCGUGAGUUGAGCAAUAACUUUGAUUAUUUCUUUUUAAGAUAACUCUGGAAAGACAUCGCUGAUUUUUACUUUGCUGGAAGAUAGAUUUAUAGAGAAUGUCCCCACAAAUGUUGAGACAGUUAUUAUACCGCCUGAUAUAUCUCCAGAUGGGGUUGUUACUGCCAUCAUCGAUUAUUCGAGUAAGAGACUUAAAGAAAAAGCGUUAAUUACACUUUUUUAGCACGGGUUCAUAGUGACGAAGCUUUGAAGCAAAUGAUAAAUGAGGCAUCUGUUAUUUGUGUCGUCUUUUCGGUUGAAAGACCCGAGAAUCUCGACAGAGUAAGCUAAUGUUUUACUUUGUUAUGCAUAUUUUAGGUAAAAGACCAUUGGAUGAAACUUAUACAUGAAGUUGUUGGGCCUGAAGAAAGGAAGCCUGUGCUUGUUGUCGCAAACAAAUCGGAUAAGCCGGACCAAUCCGAGAAUAUUGAUAAAAUGGUUCCCAUCAUGAAUGAAUUCAGCGAGAUCGAAACUGUUGUCGAAUGCUCGGCUUUCGCAAAGAAGAAUGUGUCCGAAGUCUUUUAUUAUGCACAAAGAGCUGUUGUUUAUCCAUUAGCGCCGUUGUAUGAUGUGAACAGAAGAGAACUCACCCCGAAGUGCAAGAAGGCACUGGUUAGGAUAUUUAAAGUAGGUAUAAAAAUGAAAUUAUUUAUUACUUUUCCGUUUUUAGUUAUCUGACGAGGAUAAUGACGGUCUUUUAUCUGAUAAUGAGCUAAGGACAUUUCAAAUGAGAGCCUUCGGAAUGCCAUUAGUCGAUGAUGCGCUUGAAGAAGUUAAAAAUGUUGUGAUGAGUUACGAACCUACUGGAGUUAUCGAUGGUGGGAUCACGUUACGUGGAUUCCUAUUCCUUCAUGAAGCAUUUAUGCAACGAGGAAGACAAGAGACCGCUUGGACUGGCCUCAAGGCAUUUGGUUAUGAUAAAUCGCUGCAAUUAAGACAUAAUUACCUUUACCCAACGUAAGUAUUGUAGUGUUAUAUGAUUAGUGUCUGUUUAGGAUAAAUAUUCCUUUUGGUUCAUCCACAGAAUUAUCAGCUGAGGGCCUCAGAUUCAUCCGAUUUUUAUUCAGAAAAUAUGAUGAGGUAAUUUUCUGUUUUGUUUUUUAACUAAGCUUGCUGGUUUUAGGAUAGGGACGGUAAAUUAUCUCCCUCCGAGCUGAAAGCCAUGCUGAGUGUGUGCCCAGGAACACCAUGGCCUCUGGAAUUUCUUCAUGCGACGUCCCUAGAUCUGCAAGGAUGGCUGGAUGAGCAAGGUUUCAUUAAUCUCUGGACACUCAACACUUCCAUGAAUCUCUCACAAACAUUCGAACAGCUAGCUUACUUAGGUUUUAAUGUUGCUCACAAGUCUCAGUUGGAUGCAGUGAUUGUGACAAGGGAUCGAAGGAUAGAUGUUCUUGAAAAGACGACUGAUCGGACUGUUUUCCAAUGUCAUGUUAUUGGUCCAAAGAAUGCGGGAAAGACUGUCUUUUGUCGAUCCUUUUUAGGAGAAACUCUCAAUGUAAGUGUUUUUAAUGUUCUAGCAUGUUUUCUUUUACAUUAUUUAUUUUUUAGCAAAUUAUUCAAAUGAGGCCGAACCAUCAACCCUCAUAUAUCAUAAAUACAGUGGAAGUGAAGGGGCAAACGAAAUACAUGAUAGUGAGCUAACCCCUGAAUUUUUAUUUAUGCGGAUUCUAGAUGCAUGAAGUGGAUGUCUACUCGCCAGAAGAUCAGCUCUCGACUUAUGAGAAGAAUGCAGAUGUGAUUUGUUUGUUGUAUGACGGGACGGAUCCAAAUUCUUUCGCUUAUUGUGCAAAAUUGUAUCUUGUAAGUAGGAUUAGUUGAUAUUUAUUUUGUUUUAGCGUUAUUUCUACCGAACCAAAGUGCCAUGUCUGUUUGUCGCGUCCAAGACGGGGAAAUAUGACUUUGAACAGACCUAUGAAUUCCAGCCCUCCGACUUCUGCCUGACUCAUCAAUUGCCCAAACCUCUCAAGUUCGUCGAAGUCGGGAAUCCCCAUGCCCAAGUGUUUGCUCAAUUGGCUACAAUGGCCGCUUAUCCACAUCUGAAGCGCGUGUAUUUCCUCCACGACUCUUCUAUCCUAUCCAAAAUAACGUUUGGCGCUGCAGUCGCAGCGUUGGCAGGGUUUCUGAUCUAUAAGAAUAUGUAAGGGGACCUUGAACUAGGUCAGUAUUUCUUUUUGUAUCGAGAUUACGGGUCUUUCACGGCUUUCUCAUCCUUUUCUUGUCACAUGUUGUGAUGACAUAUAAAAUAUGUCAUGAUGACUUUUUUAUAAUUCCACUAAGUUUGUCCAAUAUCCAUCCAAUAAGUAGUCCGCUUUUUGUUGCAUUUAAUGCUUAUUAAGUUUCCUUAAAAUUAAUUUUCUUUUAACCAGCAAAAUAUUUUUUUUUUUAUUUGAAACUCCGUUUGUAAAUAAAUUCCUGGAGGCUGUCAACGUCGCUUUAAUUCAUCGAUCCCAAUUCAAAGUCGGUUAAAUAAAUGAAAGGAGAAGAAGGGAUUUCUUAUCGACAAUGUGAUUCUGUUCUAUAAAAACAAAUGAUUGCCUUCGUAUUCCCUCUCUUUUUACUGCUACUGCAAGGCUCUUGCUAUGUGCAAAAAAUCUCUAAUGGAAUAAUUAAUUCCCGCCCGACCUUUGAUUGUUUUGCCGAGUCCAUAAAAGUUCAUAUCAGGACCGAGAAUCCGUUUUUUGGUCGAAUCUUUGUCAAAGGACACUCUCGAGAUGGAGAUUGUUCCCUGAGGGGGAAUGGAACCAGUUCUGAAUUCGAUUUGCCCCUUUUAUUCCAUAAGUGCGGGUUAUUGCGCAAACGUACUGCUGAUGGAAUAACCGUUACAACGACAGUUAUCGUCAGCUUCCACCCCUACUUCUUGACGGAAUCUGAUGGUGCCUUCCGACUCCAGUGUUUAUAUCGUAAUCAAAACCAAGUCGUAUCCAAGGCUUUGGAGAGUCUGGCAGAUCGCUUAUUGGAUCGAGAGGAAAAGAGUGCCAUGCCGACCUGUCGAUACGACGUGAGUUUUCAACUUUUCAUUUCAAUGUAAAUUCAUAGUAUUUCAAUUUACUGGUUUUUAGAUUCUAGAAGAUGGCCCAUUUGGGCGACAAAUCCCCUUCGCUUCCGUUGGCACUACUGUCUAUCAUAAAUGGACUUGCACUUCUCGAACUCCCGACGAACAUUGUAUGAUUGUCCAUUCUUGCGUAGCGGAGGAUGAUGGGGGAGACACGGUGAACAUCCUGGAUGAACAUGGAUGUGCUCUAGACCCAGUAUUACUCGAUAAUCUCGAAUAUACUGAAGAUCUUAUUGCCGGACAAAAGGCUCAAGUCUACAAGUUUGCCGACAAAGAAUCGAUCUACUUCCAAUGCCAAAUCAUGAUAUUCAAAAAGCCCCCAGGACAGAAAUGUUCUCGUCCUCAAUGCCAGAAGAUUUCAGCAACGGGAGAAUUCCGCUCGCUGAACCAAACAAGGAAUUUGGGAGUUACAUUCGAUCGACGACUGGCUCGACUCCGCUCUCGAUCCAUCAAUUAUGAUGUCAGCUCAGAAAUGAUGGUCACCGUGGAUGAUAUCCCCGUAAGGAUUAAAGAAUUUCAAGAAUCAGAUGAUUACGUAAAGAAUUGCUUACCGGUGGAAAACAUGGUUGGAUUAUGUCUAUUGAUAUCGAUUAUAAGCUGUUUAUUCAGUUUCAUUUCUUUUUAUUUAUUUUGUUGGAAGGUUUGAGCAUAGAUUGCAUACUAG